AAAUUCUUACUGCAGUUUCUGCCUGAGUUUCAUUUUUGUUUAUAUAUUUACUUUCUUGUUGUUCCAGGCCGAGCUGUUUUCCAACUUAAACAUACAUCAGGGCAGAUUGAGACAUGAAAGAGUAACCGGAAACUAGCUACUGUGCACUUGGCCUGCAGACCUUUGUGUCAAGCCCCUCCCUCCCCCACAAUGACCGCCUACUGCCUAACCCCGCCUCUCUCUAAGCUGGAUCAGCAGUGCCAUUGACUGAAUGUUGCCACUGUCUAACCCAGCAUCCCCCAGCAACAGAACAGACUGGGACAGGAGGAAAGAAAGACAGAGAUAGGCUAAGUAAGGAAAAUACAAGGAAGUGCUACAGGUGGAUUCUUGAGUCACUGUGAGGACCUUCACAUGGUGACUUCUAAUGUUAACGUUUUAAACCAGAAACAUGGUCAUUCUGCAACAGGGCGACUAUGUCUGGUUAGACCUCGGAACAGGUCAUGAAUUUGACGUCCCUGUUGGUGCCGUGGUCAAACUCUGUGACUCAGGUCAUAUUCAGGUUCUUGAUGAUGAAGGAAAGGAGCAUAGGAUCUCUCUCCAGAAUGCUACAAACAUCAAGCCUAUGCACCCAACCUCUAUUCAUGGAGUGGAGGACAUGAUCCGUCUCGGAGACCUGAAUGAGGCUGGAAUCCUCCGAAAUCUGUUGAUCCGUUACAAUGACAGAGUUAUAUAUACAUACACAGGAUCAAUCCUGGUAGCAGUGAAUCCAUAUCAGCUUCUGCCCAUCUACACGGCUGACCAGAUCCGCCUCUACACAAAUAAAAAGAUAGGAGAGAUGCCCCCCCACAUUUUUAGCAUUGCGGAUAACUGCUACUUCAAUAUGCAAAAAAACAACAAGGAUCAGUGUUGUAUAAUUAGUGGUGAAUCUGGAGCUGGAAAGACCGAAAGCACCAAGUUGAUCUUGCAGUUUUUGGCGGCUAUCAGUGGGCAACACUCAUGGAUUGAGCAGCAGGUUCUGGAGGCCAAUCCUAUUUUAGAAGCAUUUGGUAAUGCCAAGACCAUACGCAAUGAUAACUCCAGCCGGUUUGGGAAAUACAUUGAUAUUCACUUCAACAAGCGUGGUGCUAUCGAGGGAGCAAAGAUCGAGCAGUAUCUGCUGGAGAAAUCUAGAGUUUGCAGACAGGCACCAGAUGAGAGGAACUACCAUAUUUUCUAUUGUAUGUUAGCAGGCAUGAGCCCUGAUCAAAAGACUAAAUUAGGUCUUGGACUGGCUACAGACUACACAUAUCUCACUAUGGGUAACUGUACAGUGUGUGAGGGGAGGAAAGAUAUGAAGGAAUAUUCCAGUAUCCUUUCAGCCAUGAAGGUCCUGAUGUUUACCGACACUGAGAACUGGGAGAUCUCCAAACUGUUGGCUGCCAUCCUGCAUAUGGGCAAUAUGCGUUAUGAAGCUCGAACCCUUAAAAACCUGGAUACUUGCGUGGUGGUUCACUCACCGGACCUGGCCAAAGCAGCCGCUCUACUGGAGGUGGACCCUCAAGAUGUCAUGACGUGUCUGACCACCCGCACACUGAUCACCAGGGGUGAAAGUGUGUCCACCCCUCUCAGUAUGGACCAGGGGCUGGACGUCCGUGAUGCAUUUGUCAAAGGAAUCUACGGGAGGUUGUUUGUGUGGAUAGUGGAUAAAAUCAAUGCGGCAAUCUUCAGGUCUCCUUCCUCUGAAAACAAGCCUGCUAGCAGGUCCAUUGGCUUGCUUGACAUCUUCGGCUUUGAGAAUUUCACUGUUAACAGUUUUGAGCAACUGUGCAUCAACUUUGCGAACGAGAAUCUGCAACAAUUCUUCGUUCGUCACGUUUUCAAGUUGGAGCAGGAGGAGUAUAACCUAGAGGACAUCAACUGGCAGCACAUCGAGUUUACAGACAACCAGGAUGCCUUGGACAUGAUUGCCAUCAAACCUAUGAAUAUCAUUUCCCUUAUUGAUGAAGAGAGCAAGUUUCCAAAGGGUACGGAUGCUACGAUGCUAAACAAGCUCAAUUCUCAGCACAAACUAAAUACCAACUACAUCACCUCUAAGCACAGUCAUGAGACGCAGUUUGGCAUUCAGCACUUUGCUGGAGUGGUGCAGUAUGAAACUAAGGGUUUCCUGGAAAAAAACCGAGACAGCCUCCAUAGUGACAUCAUCCAACUGGUGCACUCGUCCAAAAACAAGUUCAUCAAGCAGAUCUUCCAAGCUGAUGUUGCCAUGUUUCUAUGUGGCUAUUUGGAGCCCACUGCAUCCCUUCAAAAGGGAGUAGAGACCAGGAAGCGUUCCCCGACUUUGAGCAGUCAGUUUAAACGCUCGCUGGAGCUGCUCAUGAGGACCCUGAGCGUUUGUCAGCCGUUUUUUGUGCGCUGCAUCAAACCCAAUGAACUCAAAAAGCCCAUGAUGUUUGAUAGAAGUUUAUGUGUCAGGCAGUUACGCUACUCUGGUAUGAUGCAGACCAUUCGCAUACGCAGAGCCGGAUAUCCCAUUCGCUACACAUUCGCCGAGUUUGUUGACCGUUAUCGUGUCCUCAUGCCUGGAGUCAAACCAGCGCACAAGCAGGCAGAUCUGCGAGGUACCUGUCAGCGAAUUGUUGUAUUGGUUCUGCAGAAAGAUGUUGACUGGCAAAUAGGAAAGACCAAAAUCUUUUUAAAGGAUCAUCAUGACAUGCAGCUAGAAAUGGAAAGAGAUAAAGCCAUAACUGCCAAGGUCGUUCUCAUCCAGAAAGCUGCGAGGGGGUUGAAGGAGAGAACAAACUUUCUAAAGGUCAAAAGAGCGGUGACAUUAAUCCAGAGGAUAUGGAGAGGCUACAUCUGUAGAAAACACUACACUGCUAUGUGUGUGGGUUUCUUGCGGCUUCAGGCUUUGUACAGGUCACGAAAGCUGUACUUGGCGUAUCAAGCGACCAGAACACGCAUCACUCUGCUUCAGGCUCGUUGCCAUGGUUUCCUGGUGCGGCAGAGGUUCUCCAGGCGCUUCCAUGCAGUCCUGACCAUCCAGGCUUAUGUGCGAGGAAUGAUCGCACGGAGAAUGUGCAAACAUCUCAGAUUAGAGAGGGAACUCCGGUUAGAGGCUGAAAGACAGCGGUUGGCUGAAGAGGAGCGCUUGAGGAACCAGAUGACGGCACGCAGGGCUCGGGCAGAAGCUGAGAGGAAGCACCGGGAGCGUCUGGCACAGCUCGACCGAGAGCAGGAGGAGAGAGAGCAGGCAGAGCGAGAUGAGACCCGCAGGAAAAAAGAGAUGCUGGAGCAGAUGGAGAGAGAGAAACAGGAACCGGUCAACGACUCCGAUAUGGUGGACAAGAUGUUCGGCUUCCUGGGCAAUGCCAACUCCUUCCCCAACCUGGAGGGUGAAGCUCCAGAGGGCUUUGAGGAUCUAGAGAAUGUGACAACAAAGUUUGGGGAAGAUGUCAUUGAUAAGGCUCUUCUGCUUCCCGAUGAUGAAGAGGAAGACCUAUCAGAGUAUACCUUUGUGAAGUUUGCUGCAACGUACUUUCAGGGAAAUGCCACGUAUACAUACAUGCGCCGGCCACUGAAACAACCUCUGCUGUUUCAUGAGGAUGAAGGAGAUCAGCUAGCUGCUCUGGCUGUGUGGAUCACAGUGUUGAGGUUUAUGGGAGAUCUUCCUGAACCCAAAUACCAUAUCAGUAUUAGUGAUGGCAGUGAGAAAAUUCCAGUUAUGACCAAGAUCUAUGAGACGUUAGGAAAGAGGACCUACAAAAAAGAGCUGCUGGCCCUGCAAGUGGAUGAGGAGAGUUCCACCAGUGACAUCCAGAAGAGAAACAGUGUUCGGCAUAAGCUGGUGUCACUCACGCUUAAGAAAAAAUCGAAGAUUACUGAGGAGGUGACCAGAAGACUGACAGACAACGAUUACAUCCUACAAGGAAACAGCAUGCUGGAAGACAGACCCACAUCUAAUUUAGAAAAACUCCACUUUAUUAUUGGCAAUGGCAUUUUACGCCCCACCCUCAGAGAUGAGAUCUACUGUCAGAUAUGUAAACAGCUGACCCAGAACUCAUCCAAAACCAGUCACGCCCGAGGCUGGAUUCUCCUGUCGCUCUGUGUCGGCUGCUUUGCUCCGUCUGAAAAAUUUGUUAAGUAUCUGCGGACAUUCAUUAACAGCGGGCCACCUGGGUACGCUCCUUAUUGUGAGGAGAGAUUAAGAAGAACAUUUGUGAAUAAAACAAGAACACAGCCUCCUUCCUGGCUCGAGCUACAGGCCACUAAAUCAAAAAAGCCCAUCAUACUGCCUGUGACUUUCAUGGAUGGCACCACAAAGACCCUGCUUACAGACUCUGCCACUACGGCUGAGGAGCUCUGCAAUGCUUUGUCAGACAAAAUUGGCUUGAAGGAUCGCUUUGGCUUCUCCUUAUACAUCGCUCUCUUUGAUAAGGUGUCAUCUCUGGGCAGUGGUAAGGACCAUGUGAUGGAUGCUGUGUCACAGUGCGAGCAGUAUGCUAAAGAACAAGGCGCACAGGAGCGAAACGCCCCUUGGAGGCUCUUCUUCAGAAAGGAAAUCUUCACGCCUUGGCACAACCCUGCUGAGGACAGUGUGGCCACCAACCUCAUCUACCAGCAAAUUGUGCGUGGGGUGAAAUUCGGAGAGUACCGCUGUGAUAGGGAGGAGGAUCUGGCCGAGCUGGCAUCUCAGCAGUAUUACGUGGACUAUGGGUCAGAGAUACUACAGGAUCGCCUUAUUAGCCUAAUUUCGUCCUAUAUACCAGAUAGAGAAAUUACAGCCUCCAAGACUGUGGAGAAAUGGGCCCUAAGUAUCACUGCAGCUCUAAAAAAGGGAAUCUACAUGCAGAAGAGGUUUGACUCACAGAGGGUUAAGGAGGAUGUGGUGGAUUUCGCUCGAUUUAGGUGGCCUUUACUUUUUUCACGCUUCUACGAGGCCUUCAAAUUCUCAGGGCCUAGUCUCCCAAAGAAUGAUGUCAUCGUGGCAGUUAACUGGACCGGAGUUUAUUUUGUGGAUGAACAGGAGCAGGUUCUUCUGGAUCUUUCUUUCCCAGAGAUCACGGCGGUCUCCAGCAGCAGAGGAGGAAAGCUGCAGGGACAGAGCUUCACUCUGGGCACCAUUAAAGGAGACGAGUACACCUUCACAUCCAACAAUGCAGAGGACAUCCGGGAUCUGGUCGUCACCUUUCUGGAGGGCCUGCGUUCAAGAUCAAAGUUUGUGGUGGCCAUGGUGGACAGUCAUUACCUUCCUGGGCAAGACUCUACGUUCCUGAGUUUCUCAAAGGGAGAUUUGAUCAUUCUGGAUGAUCACACAGGAGAACAGGUCAUGACCUCAGGUUGGGCUCAUGGCGUCAAUGACAGAACAAAGAAAACAGGAGAUUUCCCAGCAGACUGUGUCUAUGUGCUGCCUACCAUUACCAGGCCAAAAUAUGACAUUGUGAGUCUGAUCACAAUGUCAUCGGACCAACGUAAGGAGUCUAUAAGUUUGUCCCAUCAGAAUCUGCUGGACAGUGGAGAGAAGAUUCAACCCUACACUCUAGAGGAGUUCUCCUACGAUCACUUCAGACCUCCUGCCAAAAGCACAUUAGGUCGUGUGAUACCUAAAGGCAGAGGGAAGGAUAAACUGUGGUGCUGUACCCGUGAACCUCUCAAACAGCCUUUGCUGAAGAAAGUCCUCAAUCAUGAAGAGCUCUCCCAGGACGCUUGUCAGGCCUUCACUGCCAUUUUAAAGUACAUGGGCGACUAUCCCUCCAAGAGAACCCGCUCGGUCAGCGAGCUCACCGAUCAGAUCUUUGAGGGAGCUCUGAAGGCCGAACCACUAAAGGAUGAGAUCUUCUGCCAGAUCAUAAAGCAACUAACUGAGAAUCACGUGAAGUACAGUGAGGAGAAGGGUUGGGAGCUGCUCUGGUUGUGCACCGGCCUCUUCCCUCCCAGCAACAUGCUGCUUGCCCAUGUCCAAAAGUUCCUGCAGUCCAAGAAGCACCAUCCAGUAGCCCCAGACUGCAUGCAGAGACUCCAGAAAGCCUUACGAAAUGGCUCCAGGAAGUAUCCACCUCACCUUGUGGAAGUGGAGGCUAUUCAGCACAAAACCACCCAGAUCUUUCAUAAAGUCUACUUUCCUGAUGACACAGAUGAGGCUUUUGAGGUUGAAUCAAGCACAAAAGCCAAAGAUUUCUGUCUGAACAUUGCUGGCAGAAUGAUGCUUCAAUCCUCGGAGGGUUUCAGCUUGUUUGUCAAAAUUUCUGACAAAGUGAUCAGUGUGCCAGAAGGAGAUUUCUUCUUCGACUUUGUUAGACAUCUGACAGACUGGAUCAAAAAAGCCAGGACUGUAAAAGAUGGUGCAGUGCCUUCGCUGACCUAUCAGGUGUUUUUCAUGAAAAAACUUUGGACUAAUACCGUACCAGGAAAGGAUCCCAUGGCUGAUUCAAUUUUCCAUUACUUCCAGGAGCUCCCAAAGUACCUGCGUGGCUACCACAAGUGCUCUCUUGAGGAGGCCUUCCAGCUGGCUGCUUUAAAUUACAGGGUAAGGUUUGAGGAGGACAAAUCUCAGCUUCUCAAUCUCCCCAAGAUGUUGAAAGAGCUGGUUCCUCAGGACCUCAUACGACAGCUCUCACCCGAUGAUUGGAAACGGGCUAUCAUCACAUACUUCAAUAAACAUGCAGGAAAAUCUCGGGAGGAAGCAAAACUGAUGUUUCUAGAAAUCAUUUACAAUUGGCCUACUUUCGGAUCUGCCUUUUUUGAAGUCAAGCAAUCCACAGAUCCAAAUUUCCCAGAAGUCCUAUUGAUAGCGAUCAACAAGCUUGGCGUUACACUUAUUGAUCCCAAAACAAAGGACAUUUUGGGAACGCAUCCCUUCACUAAAAUCUCAAACUGGAGUAGUGGACAUACAUAUUUCCACAUUACCAUUGGUAACCUAGUCAGAGGAAGCAAGCUGCUGUGUGAAACAUCACUGGGAUAUAAGAUGGAUGAUCUUCUCACCUCUUACAUCAGUCAGAUGUUGACAACUAUGACCAAACAGCGCAGUUCACAUGGAAACGGCAAAUAGUAGAAAAGGUUUUCAAUGGUGCACUGUUAAAUUAUGGUACAAAAUACAGUACAGAUCCUACACAUGGGUGUUUCAUGCAGGAUUUAUAGAGAACUGGAAUAUUUAUUUGAUUAUUACAUGCCAAUCCUGCAGGCAUACUGUGUCCUAAUACAGUUCUCAAUAUUUAGAGCCAUCAUUUUUAUACAUGACCACAUAAUGAAUCUUUUUAGUAUUAUGACUUUUUCAUACCAGAGCCUUAAUUGUAAAUUGUGACUUUGAUUUUGACCAUAGCAUUUUUCUUUGUCUUUUAUUGUCAGUGAAGAACAUGUGUAAUUAAAAUGCUAAAUCCUGAAUCCGACCUAAUUUAGAUGUUCCUGGUUUCAGCUCAUUGUUUAAUUCAAUUUUGCAAAUUCAAUGCAUCAGAAAGAUUUUGAAAUGCCGCAAUACUUGGUUUUGCUACUUACCUCAAAUAUUACUUGAUUUUCAUCCUAGUCAUGCCUUUAGGUUAUAAUAAAGCUUAAUUUUCUAUGAUUUUUACUGAAAUCAUUGGCACAUAAACAUCACUUUAUUAGUAUUUUGAAGUUUCAUCUAAAACGAUUGGCUUCAUUCAGCAUACAAUAAUUGAUCUUUGUAAAUGAUUUGUAUGCAUUUUAUCAGUUUGAAUCAUCGUAAUAAUUUAUUUUGACAAAUGAUUGCAUCUUUAAACUUUUGUUUAAAUUGUUUAUUCACCUUGUUGUUACAAUAUCUUGUAAUUGUUUUCUUAUGACAUGUAAAGUGCAUUGUGAAACAGGAUUUUGAAGAAAAAUAUAUCUUUUACUUCAGCAUAAACAAACGCUAAAAUGAGGAAAACAAAUACAACUAAUUAUCAUGAAAGAAACUUAAGGCAGAAGAAAGCAGCUUGAGAUGUUAUUUAAUUGGUAAAUAUUGAACAAAUGUUUUUAAUGUAUUGUUACCAUAAAAUGUUGAAUU